AGGUCCUGCAACCCAAAUAGACCGGCACCAUGCUCGCGCUCCGCUCCUCGCUGCCACACCUGGGGCUGUUCCUGUGCCUGGCUCUGUGCUUUUCCCCUUCCCUGUCUGCCAGUGAUAAUGGGUCCUGCGUGGUCUUUGAUGAAGUCUACGACUCCAACAACUUGGAAAUCAACACUACGGCUGUAGUCUCUGGUGGGAAUACAGUCUACACAGUGAUGGUCCCUGUGAACAAUUCGGUCAGUGCCGUGAUCCUGAAAGCAGUGAAGGAGAACAGCCCAGUGGGUACCUGGAAUGGAACAUAUCAGAACUGCAACGGCAGCAGUGUCUAUAACGUGAUGUCCCUAAGCGACCAGGUCUUCGAGGCAACCUGGACAGUUCCUAAUUCUGAGGAUGUGACUAAAGUCAACCUGCAGGUCUUCAUCGUCACUAAUCGCACGGCUAUAAAGUCAUCUGUGAAGGUGGAGCAAGUAAAUUCUUCAAUCCUGACCCCGACUCCCGAGAGUUUUGAGACCAGCCAGACCAUGACUACAGCCAAGACUACAACUGAGAACACAGCCAAGACCACAACCAUGAGCACAGCCAAGACCACAGCCAGAAGCCUGGCCAUCCGUACUCUCAGCAGCCCCCUGGCAGGCGCCCUCCAUAUCCUGCUUGUUUUUCUCAUUAGUAAGCUUCUCUUCUAAAGGAAACUGGGCAAGCAAGUCUCCAGCCUCCAGGGCAUCCUCCCGAGCUCAUUUUAGGCCAGUGUUUAAACGUACAUGAGUGAAGGUUUUAUGUCCCCAGUAUGCAACUCAACCACCUCGGACCACAGACCUGUGACACUAGUGCAUCUGAGGGACACAAACAUUUGCCUGGAUCUUUCAGGGCACUAAUUCUGCUGUUUGUAAAUACUUAGUCCAUCCUGCUUGUAACCUGAAGUUCUGACUCUCAGUUUAACAUGUUGACAGCCAAUCUGAACUUGCGUUUCUUGCCAAAGUAUUCCCAUGAGCCUCCUGGGUUUUGGGGGUGGGGAGGGGUGUAUCCUCCUUUACUUUCAAGCUGAUUUCAGAUUUCUGGCCAAACCUACUCAGGUUACAAAGGACAUAUGUGACUGAUAUGACUGAAGGAAAAAGAGAAAUGAGUGAUAGUCCUGUGGCUACUAGCAAAUUCCCACUGUCUCCAGACCAGUCAGUAGGUUCUGAAGAGAGAAACUAUAUGAAAAUUAUGCCUCAGAGGCCAAGGACAGGACACAUGACUUUUUUUCCUAAGUCAAAUAAACUAUAUAUUGAACAA